CAGGCAAUUUGCAAGGAACACGUACUUAGAGCUUUCAAAUCGAAAUUUGGACAGUGGACUAGGCUCCAAGCACACAAACAGCCAAACAUUCACACGCAUGCACAAUCGAACAUCCCCCCACACUUAAGCACGACAUUGUCCACAAUGGAGGAAAGAUAUGGAGGGUAGAACGAAGUUACCAGAUCAAGGGUGAAUGAUGGUGGACGGGGCAGGCUGUGCAUUCCAGGAGGAGAGAGUAGUCGGAACGAAAAACCCCACACAAAAUCUCACAAAGGUUUAGUUAUUGACUCUAAAAUCAAAGAACAAAACUGACUCAACCGAGGAGAAAAAGAGAAAGAAAUGCAAACCGACUGGUUGGGUUGCCUCCCAACAAGCGCUUCUUUCACGUCGUGAGCCGGACGAUGGCUUCUAAGUUUCGGUCCACCCCAGAACCUCUUUGAAGUUGAGGUUCUCAUCAAUGAGGUGGAGUCUCAAGUCAUGAUCAUGUGGUAUGAUAGGUGAUGGAAGCUCGUGCACUUGAUGCAGAUGAAGUCUCCACCCUCGAGACCUCUUCUUCUCUUCUCUCGUCUCAUUGCCCCAAACCAGAUAUGACAACAUUGAUUGACCACCAUCGCGUCCACCAAGAGGGACCGAUGUCGAUGUGGCCUUGGUCUGGCAAAGAGACACUACAAAUGGGUCCUUGCUAAGCAGUUCCUCGAAGUUUGGUGGAGAUAUCACAUGUAACUCAUGGCCGGUGCAAGCCUCUUCCACCUCAACUUCGUCCUCGGCCCAGAUACCAAUUGCUUCUUCAACCCCCUUCCUUCUUCAUGUGGUAUCACCCCCUGGGAAAUGAUCAAGAACUCCAUCUGCUUCACUUUCUUCAUCCUCCACAACUUCUUCCUUUACCCUUUCUUGCUCUUCUUCUCCCAGCACGGAUUGGAGGGCAAGUCACCAAGCAAUUUCUUUGAUGAGAUCAUCUUGCAUCUCCUCACUCAUGCCCGCCUCUUCAAAGCUCAGUGUGGGGUGUGGGAAGGUGUGGUCGGCUACGACGGGACAUUUCUGAUCAUGAUCAUCACAGGAGCUCUCCGUGAUAACUUCUGUCUGCUCCAUAAUGUCUUCGUAGCCUUCGUCUUCCUCCUCCUCUUCUAGUAUAGUAGCAGAAGGGUGAUCUUGAUCAGAUUAUGCAUAAGAUUUCUUAAGAUCAUCGAGGAUCCUCUUAAUGCUCAGGAGGAUCUCAUCUGUUUUACGAUAUGCCUGGGUACAAAGAUCCAUCUUGGAGCAUGAUCUCUCACUGUCUCGAGCAAACUACUCCAUGAGAAGCCUCAAUUCAUAGUUUGGAUCUGGCUGUGGAGUGUAGCAUGGCUCUGCAGAAUGGCCCGUGAAGGCCACCAUGGGUAACUCCAGCUCCGACGGCCCUUCUGUUUGUGGGAGAAAUUCUUCUUGGUAAUGAGGUUGUUCUUGAUAUGCCCAGGGGUCUGAUUGUUCUCCGUAGUAAGGGGGUUGGUACUGGAACCCAAAUCCAUAGUCUUCUCCUCCUUGAUUUCUCCAGGGAGUCUCGGGGUAAUACCACUCGGAUGGUGGUGGAUACCCCCAAUGGUUGGAGAAGCCAUGAGGAUCCAUGAUUCAGAUCUGCACCAACAAAAACAAAAACACCCAAGUGAAAAGCAAGGGUGGAAAAGAAAAGAAAAAUGCUAAAAUAACAAACUUCUGCCUUUCCUAAUAAUCUAGAAAUCCCAGGCAACGGCGCCAAAAACUUGACUCGCUAUGACACAACUCCUAACAAUGGCCAAGUGUAACCAAUAAAAGGGACUGCAGUAUAGUGGCCCACGUAAUAAAUAUCGAAUCCACGGGUCUCUAGAGUUACUGUUACUCAACUUCAGUUCAUUAUCUAGCAAACCAGAUUAAGAUGGAAGAAGUAAAACUACUCUAACAAACUAUAGUUAAAGUUAAUCUAAUUACAGGUUGGGAACUCACUUAGGUAUGAUUCCCCCUAGCCACUAGCCAGAUUAAUGAUUGAUGAUCUCUAACCUGUUUCACUUUCAUUCACAAUGCGGAGAAUCCUUAACUAGACCUUGAAUCUCGACUAAAGGAUCAAGGCCCUCUUGAGUCAAUUGCCUAGAGGGACGUAUCCUUCUCUAGAACAACCAUUCAAGGCGUUCUGAACUAGAUUCCCUCUAUCGAAUGAGGUUCUCAAUCGAUACAAAGCAUUGAAUCAACCCUCGACUAAAGCAAUCAAUCCAAUACUAUCAAUAUAUGGUGCUCUAUUGACCUAAUCAGGUAUUCGCUCUCAUAGGAUCAAAGCAUAAUCAAUAAUCUCGACUAAAGUAGAAUUGAAUCAUGAAAACAUGCAUAGAUUGAAUAUGAACGCAAGAUUAUCAAGUAGGAGUACUCAUACAAUCAUCCAAUCAAACAAACAUAGCUAGGGUUCCUCAAAACCUAAGUGAAGGGAAGUUACUCCAUAGAGAAGAGAGAGACUGCAGUAAGAAUCUUCAGAUGAUCAGUCUUCAAGUUCGGGCUUGUUCCUCGAGCUUACAAGGUGAAGAAAUCCACCAAUUCCACUCCAAAAAUUCCCUCAAAUCGCCCUCUCUCACUCUUUAGUUCGUCCCUUGGGUGUUUGCGAUCCAAAACCCAGCUCUCCCUUGCAAAAACACACAAAAGAGGCUUUUAACAGCCUGCGUUCGCGAUCCCCGGUCAGAAUACCCGAUCGGGUAUUUUAGAUGGCGACUGGGGAUUGUUGAAACGCACCGUCGAGGACAGAAUUAAUUCCCGGUCAAGGUCAAGAAUACCCGACCGGGGAUUUAUGCUCAAUGCCCGGGCCCCCUUCUGCUUCUCAAACGCCCAAAAGUGAAAAUCCCCGGUCUGCUCAGAUUAAAACCUGGCCGGGUAUUUUUGCUCAUGGCCGGGUAUUUUGCUCCUCCAGCACACUUCAACUCAAACGUGCUCCUUUCGACCCAAAACUCGUUUCUUCGCCUCGAUGCCAACGCCAAGCCCUGAAAUAUGACAUAAACACACAACCUAGCGUGAAAUCGGCUUAAACCACGAGAAUCAACAUCUCAAAAGGCUCAAGAAUAGGGGUAAAAACAUUUGCAAUCAAUGGUUUAUCAAUGU